AUGAUCUUUGGCUUGCCCAGUAGGGGUAAGCCCUUCCACGCGGCGGCGGAGAACAAGGUUGCAAUCUUCUUUUGUCACCACCGCGAGUGCUACCAAACCUACGAGCUUCUAAGUCGAAUUCACAUUUGCAUGGAGUGUAAGGUGUGCGCCUGUUUUGAGAAUCACCACGCGGAGGAGCACUUUUACGAGAAUGACACCCACAACCUAGCAAUGGACGUUCUGCACGGUCACGUCUACUGCUUCCGCUGUCAGACGUACAUCUUUGACGACCAGUUUAUGACGCUACACCGGCACUACACCCUGCUGGGCAACGCCAAGAACAAGUCACUCAUCUACACCGAAUACCAGCCCCUCACUGACACCGAAAACUACAUCAGAAACUUUGGCGAGGAGAAGAUCUUUCUCGACCGAGGCGAGAUAGGCCUUCGCGGACUGAUCAACCUCGGCAGCACCUGCUUCAUGAACUGCAUCAUCCAGGCGCUGGUGCACACGCCCAUGCUGAGGGACUACUUUCUCAGCAUGGAAGACCACCAGUGCAUUGAGGACUACACCAAGAAGCAGUGUCUAGUCUGUACAAUGUCGGAGAUUAUGCAGGAGUUUUACAGCGGCAAGAAGGACCCGUACAUUCCCUAUCAGCUGCUGCACUUGGUGUGGACGCAUGCAAAGCACCUGGCCGGCUACGAGCAGCAGGACGCGCAUGAGUUCUUCAUCUCUACGCUGGACAUUCUUCACCGGCAUUCGGGCAUGAACGACCGAUCAAAGGGAAAAUGUGACUGCUUCAUUGACAAAAUCUUCAGCGGCACUCUGCAGUCGGACGUCAUUUGCCAGGCUUGCGGUGGCGUCAGCUCGGUGGUCGAUCCCAUCUGGGACUUUAGUCUGGACUUGGUGAACACGCACCUGGACAGCAAUGGCCGGCUGCCGACGGAGCAGCCCACCUCCCUCAAAGACUGCCUCACCCUCUUCACCCGAACGGAGCACCUGGGCAGCUCGGCGAAGAUCAAGUGCAAAAACUGCCAGAGCUACCAGGAGUCGACGAAGCGACUGUCGCUGAAGAAGUUGCCCCUUGUGGCGAGCUUCCACUUGAAGCGUUUCGAGCAGACGGCGAGUCGCUUCAACAAGAAGAUCUCCACCUUUAUCUCCUUUCCGAUGCACCUCGACAUUACGCCCUUUACCACCAGAUUUACGAGCGUCUGUUUUUCUUUCAGAAUCUACACCCUCUUUGCGGUGGUCAAUCACAGUGGCACCCUGGAGACGGGCCACUACACCGCCUUCAUUCGCCACAACGGCGACCAGUGGUGCAAGUGUGAUGAUCCCGUCCUCUCCAGGGCAACCGAAGAGGAGGUGCUCAGGAGUGAAGGGUAUCUCCUCUUUUACCACCGAACGAACAUUAAGUUCAAGUAG